CCCGCGGGCGAGGAGAAGGCAGGGCGGGGAGGCGGGAGUCCGGCGCUGGCCGCCGUUAGGAGAUGUGGCCGCUGGGCGCGGCGGCGGUGCUGGGCUGCGCCCUGGUGCUGCUCGUACUGUCGCUGGUGGUGAGGCAGCUGCUGAAGCAGAGGCGGCCGGCCGGCUUCCCGCCGGGCCCUGCGGGGCUGCCGCUCAUCGGCAACAUCCACGCCCUGGCCGCCGAGCAGCCGCACGUCUACAUGAGGAGGCAGAGCCAGCUCCACGGGCAGAUCUUCAGUCUUGAUCUUGGAGGUAUAUCUGCUAUUGUACUGAACGGAUAUGACGCAAUAAAAGAGUGCCUAGUUCAUCAAAGUGAAGUUUUUGCAGACAGACCAUCCCUUCCUUUGUUUAAGAAAAUGACAAAAAUGGGAGGGUUAUUGAACUCCAAAUAUGGCAGAGGUUGGACAGAGCAUCGCAAGUUGGCUGUAAAUAGCUUUCGUAUUUUUGGAUAUGGUCAAAAGUCCUUUGAACACAAAAUCUCAGAAGAAUGCAUGAUUUUUCUUGAUGCCAUUGAUACGUACAAAGGCAAACCAUUUGAUCUUAAGCACUUAAUAACAAAUGCAGUUUCAAACAUUACUAAUUUGAUACUUUUUGGAGAACGGUUUACAUAUGAAGACACUGAAUUUCAGCACAUGAUUGAGAUUUUUAGUGAAAAUAUUGAAUUAGCUGCUAGUGCUGCAGUAUUCUUAUAUAAUGCAUUCCCCUUGAUUGGCAUCUUACCCUUUGGAAAACAUCAACAGCUGUUUAAAAAUGCAGCUGAGGUCUAUGACUUUUUGAAUGACCUCAUUGAGCGAGUCUCUGAAAACAGGAAGUCUCAGUCACCUCGACAUUUUGUUGAUGUGUAUUUAGAUGAGAUGGAUCGAAGUAAAAAUGAUCCUGAAUCUACAUACUCAAUAGAAAACUUAAUUUUCUCUGUUGGAGAACUUAUCAUAGCUGGCACAGAAACCACCACAAAUGUUCUAAGAUGGGCCGUAUUGUUUAUGGCUCUUUAUCCUAACAUUCAAGGGCAAGUUCAUAAAGAAAUUGAUUUAAUCGUGGGCCCAAACAAAACACCUUCUCUAAAAGAGAAAUGCAAAAUGCCUUACACUGAGGCAGUUCUACAUGAAAUUUUAAGAUUCUGUAAUAUAGUUCCACUAGGUAUUUUCCAUGCAACCUCUAAGGAUACAGUUGUGCGUGGUUAUUCUAUCCCUCAAGACACUACAGUAAUUACAAACCUCUAUUCCGUGCACGUUGAUGAAAAAUACUGGACUAACCCAGAAGUGUUUUAUCCAGAGAGGUUUUUGGACAGCAAUGGGCAGUUUAUCAAGAAAGACGCGUUUGUUCCUUUUUCACUAGGAAGAAGACACUGUCUUGGGGAACAGCUGGCCAGAAUGGAAAUGUAUUUGUUUUUCACUUCAUUACUUCAACGGUUUCACCUUCAUUUUCCACAUAAUUUGAUUCCAGAUCUCAAACCAAGAUUGGGAAUGACAUUACAGCCACAGCCAUACCUCAUCUGUGCCGAAAGACGUUGAAGAAGAGUGGCCUAGACUUUCAGCUGAUGUAAAUUGCUCUAGCUCCAUUACAUGUAUGGAACUACACCAGUUUACAGCAGUUGUGAUUCUGGCUCCAUUUUUUUUAUUUGUAAAUCCACUCUCACCAGAUGAAUUCUGAGGAAUAAAUUGGAGGACAUGAAAAUAAAUUCUGUCUUCUUACA